CAUGAUGAGAACACUAACAAACAGUGAGUGGUGGGCGGACUGAGAGGCUUCUCCUCAGCCUGGACUGAGCAGGAUCAUAGAAAUAUUGAAGGCGUGUUGUUGUUGUAGUGAGCUUGCAUGGCCCUGUGGCAGGAGGACGGUCGCCAUCUCUGGGUAAACACUGUAACCGUAUCACGCAGUUGAUAUUGUAGUGUGUGGAUUGAAGCCGGAGCGUACAGUAGCAGUAGCAGCAGCAGCAGCAGCAGCAGGCGGGGUGCUAUGCUGCCUGCAACAGCGGACACACACGACUUCAAUGCAGGACUGACGCUUUGUUUGUCUCAUGCACAUCCUCGGACUGUCACCUCACAUGUUCGGACGCUUCCUCUCACUAAUUCCCGUCUUGUUUGUAAGCUCCGGGGGAAUGGGACUGCAUGCUUCGUGUAAAAUGGGAUUUUAAUGCUGCAAAGAGCGGACGCUUUAGCCCGUGCACAGCCAGGGGACUGUAGUGCGCUUGGUAAUGUUUGCCAAGGAAUAAAACGGUGUAGCCGAAGGUGCAUAACAUCUCGUUUCCAUGGACAACACGUCCAUAAUAACACAGGUUGCAAAUCCGAAAGAGGAGGAGAGCAUUUCUUCGAGUCAAGAUAAAGUCUCCCAGUCCAACAGCAGCCUAAAGAAGCAUCGCAGCCGGAGCAUUUUCAGCCCCUUCUUCUGCUGCUUCCGCAACUACAAUGACUACCACGUGGAGCCACCACCCGCCAACAACAAGACACUCUCUCUGCCCCCACCGCCAGAGGAGAAUGGCAGUCCUCCCAAGUGUGACCAGGUCCAGGUCAUCCCCAUCCCCAGUCCUCCGGCCAAGUUCCUCCUGCCCGAGGUCAGUAUAGAUGACUACAGCAAGAACUGCGUGGUGAUCGACCUGGACGAAACCCUGGUACACAGCUCCUUCAAGCCCAUCAGCAAUGCAGACUUCAUCGUUCCAGUGGAGAUUGAUGGGACUGUUCAUCAGGUGUACGUGCUGAAGAGGCCCCAUGUGGACGAGUUCCUCCAGAAGAUGGGGGAGCUCUUCGAAUGCGUCCUCUUCACAGCGAGCUUAGCAAAGUACGCUGACCCUGUGGCAGACCUGCUGGACCAGUGGGGGGUGUUUCGGGCCCGGCUCUUCAGGGAAUCUUGUGUUUUCCACAGAGGAAACUACGUCAAAGACCUCAGCCGGCUGGGCCGAGAGCUCAGUAAAGUCAUCAUCAUAGACAACUCACCUGCCUCCUACAUCUUCCACCCUGAGAAUGCAGUCCCAGUGCAGUCCUGGUUUGACGACUUGACGGACACGGAGCUGCUGGACCUGAUUCCUCUGUUCGAGGGCCUCAGUAAGGAGGAGGACGUUUACAGUCUACUACAGAGCCUGAGGAACAGGUAGCAAACGGCGGCUCCAGCUGGUCCUCCCUGCCUCGGCCCCGCUGCACAGAGGCCUCACCUCGCUGCCACGGCCCCGCAGCCCGGCUCCCGUCCUCCGAGCAUCGCUGGUAGUCCCAGCGUGGCUCCUAAUCUGAGGACUUCAGGCAAUUUGUUCCGUCAAUAAUGAAAUCUAGAGACAACAACUGUAGGGAUUCUUACCAUCUCUGGGUUCUUGGACUCUUUGUACAGGACUCCUACUGACAAAAGAUUAUAUCACUGUAUGUACAUACUAUAUGUUUCUAAGCAAGACAUACAUAAAGUAAUUUUUCUAUCAGAGAGCGGAGGUUUUACUAUUCUAUCAAGUAAUAUUUUAGUUACCAAAAAUAAUCCAAUAGACAGAACUUUCUUUCUUUCUUUUUUUUUGAGAACGGGUGACCUUUUUGUUUUUUUGUGCUAUGCAGGCUGUUGUAUCUCGUCUGACCUUUCAUUCAAACAACUGUGAUUUAUCUUCUCUUACAGAAUGAAGUGCCUUCAUUACUGUGCUGAUUUUGUUGUGUCGGGUUAUGGGGUGCACAUUUUUAUGCUGCAUAUUUACUCAAGUCUCCAAAUGCAUAUUACUAAAUCCUUAAAUUGAAGUCGGAAAUGAGUCUUUGGUAAUUGUGGUUUAAUCGGAGAACACAGAACAGAAUCAUUUCCUCGAGAUGUGUCCAGCUAGCCUGUCAGACCUGGAUGAUUCUUUGCUUUUGAGUUCAGUAACAUUGAAUUGUUAAAUUUACCAAAGAUUUCUACAAUUCAAUGUGAUUUGUGACUGAAUGACAUCAUUUGAUCCUUGACAGUGACUGUAAAUUGAUAAUUCUUAAAGACAUUGAAACCCCAAUUUGUUAUUGAAAAAAGAAAAAAAAGGAAACCUUUGUGAUGACAUCACCGUCCACCAAUAAAUGUUAAACUUUUGAGGAAGAUAUAAUAAUUAGCUUAGAGUACAUGAAAAUCUAUUUAUUGGGGAAAAGGGGGUCGGGUGCAUUGUAAAGACUGCUGUUGAAAUCGUACUGUACAACAUUAUUAAAGUUGCAAGUUUGCACACU